UCAAGGGUUGCUGAAGCAGAGCCGAUCAGCAGCUCAUUGGACUACCCGAACCCGGCUCGCCGCACUGCCAACCAUGGAGUCCGCCUGCUACAUUCAGUCCCACCCGUACGCCGGUAACCUACAGGGCGCGGAUAUAUACCGGACUAGCACCCUAAGCAGCCCCGCUGCACCAAGGACACCCAAACCUGACAUGACUCGGGCUCCCCAGCAGCCCACCUGCAAGAUCAUUACCGACCCAUGCACCGGGAGGACGUACAGCAAGGGCCGGCUACUAGGCAAGGGCGGCUUUGCUCGAUGUUAUGAAAUGACUGAAAUAUCCACCAAUAAGAUAUACGCUGUGAAAGUUAUCCCACACAGCCGCGUCGCCAAACCCCACCAGCGUGAGAAGAUUGUAAAUGAAAUUGAGCUUCACCGGGACCUGAGUCACAAGCACGUGGUCAAAUUCUCGCACUACUUCGAAGACGCCGAGAAUAUUUACAUUUUCCUCGAGAUAUGCAGCCGGAAAUCACUUGCUCACAUCUGGAAGGCACGACACACACUGCUGGAACCAGAGGUGCGAUAUUACCUAAAACAGAUCAUUUCUGGACUGAAGUACCUGCAUCUCAAGGGAAUUCUGCACCGCGAUCUAAAACUAGGGAACUUCUUCAUCAAUGAGAACAUGGAGCUGAAGGUUGGGGAUUUUGGGUUGGCUGCACGACUGGAACCCCUUGAACAGAGAAAGAAGACGAUAUGUGGAACACCCAAUUAUCUGGCGCCUGAAGUUCUCUACAGACAGGGUCACGGGCCGGAGUCGGACGUGUGGUCUCUCGGCUGUGUCAUGUACACUUUGCUUUGUGGAACCCCACCUUUUGAAACAUCUGACCUGAAGGAGACCUACCGCUGCAUCAAGCAAGUGAAGUUCACCCUCCCUGCCUGUCUCUCCUCUGCUGCCAGACAUCUCAUCGUAGGGAUCCUGAAACGCAGCCCCUCCGAGAGGCUUACCCUCGACCAGAUCCUGGAACAUGAAUUCUUCACAAAGGGCUACACACCAGACAAGCUUCCACCCAGCAGCUGCGUGAUGGUUCCAGAUCUGCACCCACCAAAUCCUGCCAGGAGUCUCUUCACCAAAGUUGCCAAGAGCUUGUUUGGCAAAAAUAAGUCAAAAGCAAAGAAAGCUCCCUCGGAGGAGAAGGAAGAGAUUUCCAAGCUGGUCACCGGGCUGGUGAAGACAUCAAUCUGCCGGCAGCUCAGCUAUAAAACUGUGGACGGGAAUGAGGUUGCACCGGUAGCGGGUCUCGCACUCACAGCCAGCUCCAGUCCCGUUGAAGCUUUGACAGAAGAGGCUUCUGGGAAAUCCGUGUCUCGCUCUAUCCGUGGCAGCUUGGUUGGCAGCAGUGACGCUUUUGAAGACUGUGUCACAGCAUCUGGUGUUAUGGAGACUGCUCUUGACGUUCUGAAGAAUUGUCUCUCCUCCAUGCCCAAAGAAGAGGGCAAACCCACCUGCCUGGCAAGACAUGAACCCUUCGUUUGGGUGAGCAAAUGGGUGGAUUAUUCCAACAAGUAUGGAUUUGGAUACCAACUGUCCAACCGCAGCAUUGGUGUUCUCUUUAACAAUGGGACGCACAUGGUCCUCCCAGCCAAUCACAGGAAUGUUCACUAUAAUCUGACAAAUAGCCGCCACUUUGUGUUCCCGACAUCUGCUGUCCCUGAGCAGCUACAGGGCCAGAUGAGCAUCCUACAGUAUUUUGCCUCUUACAUGGAGAAAAACCUGAUGAAGGGAGGAGACCUUCCAUGCCAAGAAGAGGGGACUAAACCUCUUCUCCUGCUCCUCCAAUGGGUAAAAACCGAGCAUGCGCUGCUGAUGCUCUUCAACAACGGGACCCUCCAGGUUAACUUCUACAACGACCACACAAAGCUCAUACUGUGCAAACCUCAAGACUCCUACCUUCUCACUUACAUCAACCGAGACAGAAACUCUCAGACCUUCCUCCUUAGCUCCUUGGCGGAGACCGGCUGCAGUGCGGACAUGCUGCAUCGUCUCAAAUAUGCCGUGAAGCUCCUACAGCAGAAGGCAGCGUGCUAGGAUGGUACGCUCCUCCGCUACAACUACUCUUCUCCGGCCCAAAUGGCCGUUCUGGACUCUACUUCAACAUGCGCUGCAAGCAGCUCGAGACUUGACACUGGGCAGUCAUGCCCUCUUAUUUUGGCUGAGCCAACUUUACUAGAAUACAGUCCGCCAAAGGGAUUUCAAGACCUUCUUCUCUAUGGGAUGUUCACUACAACCUUAAUGGGACUUUGGAUUACUUAGAGGACUGAAAAUAUAACUUGUUAUUUAAUCAAAUGGUUCAUCUAAUCAUUUCAGUGUUCAUUAGGACAUUCCCUACAAUCCCCCUUUGGGUGAAAACUGAAGAUAACAUUCAGACACGUCCAUUCCUGGGCUUGCGAUGCUCUUCAUGUCGUGAACCAGCUGAAGGUUGGUCCAUGGUGUCUCUCUAAAUGCCAAACCAAAAUGGUGACCUAAUCUAUUUCUGGGGCUAGUAAAGGUAACGCAGAAAAUCAAAAUAUUGACCGGCAGAUACAUUUUGGCAAAAGGCUGUAUUGCCUAAACGCGAAGCUGCUAAAUUGCCCUUGAUUGGGCAAAUGAUAUAAUUCCUUCACCCAGCAUAGGGCAUAUUUAGGUUAUUGUUGCCUGUUUUGUACUGUUCUCAAACAAUUGUCUGCAGUGAUCCGAUGUGAAAGUGUCAUGGUGGCCGUUGAUGAGCACCGACCUACCCCGGGAUCUUACAACUGCACCAGCUAAUGCAGGCUGCCCUUGUUAACUUAAUCCAAAGUUUUUUUUGUAGGUUAAUUUGCUUUAUCGUCUGCCGGCUUCUUACUCUGAAAUGAGUGAUCAUUAAGACUAAUAUUGUUUGGGGUGCUACUCAUUAUGGGUGGCUCGCUCUUGUCCACCGUUGUUAAAUGUGCUUAAUUUCUGUUGGUAUUCAGAUGCCCAGACACCGUAUCUAGCUUGAAAUUCUAUAAUAUGCCAAUCGUCUGUUCUUAGUGAAACACUUUAUUUUAUGCAAUUCUUUUAAAUGUUUGAAACCGUGCAAGUCACAAAAGGCUUAUUUGGCAUAAGCUUCA